AUGACCACUGAAGCACAAUUUCAACCUAUUGAUACUCAAAAAGUAAACGGAACUGAAGAUGACAAUACAAAGCAGGAGCCAAAUACUGAAAGAGUAGCAAUUACAUCAAAUGCAUCUUCUGAACCACGAGUACGACGGUCACGUUUUUUUCAUUCGAAACGUAAACAACGCUUUCAGGAAGAACAAACCAAUCAGUCAGAAAAUAAUGAUGGUGACGCUGAAUCUAAUGAACGAGUUGAUUCAUCUGACAGUACACAAGAACCUAUUGAAGAAACACCUGUUGAGAAUAUUUCAAGCAGUAACACACAUACUACGUCGACCGAAAAAUUAUUAUUUAGACGUUUAUCAUCGCCUCCGCCUGCUCCCACGUAUGCAGAUGAUACUGAUGAAACAGAUGGAAGUACAACUUCAGAAGAGAGUCAUUUUACAGCAUCAGUUGAAGAUUUUGAUACUGAACGGCAAACUUAUUUAACAAAAAAACAAUAUUGUGAAAAACCAGCAUUUGUUCAAAAAAAAGUAGCGGCACCAAUCAUUUUUUCUGGUUAUGAAAGAAAAAAAUCACAAUCAGUCAAACUAACGAAUGCUGAUCAUUUUGGUUCAUGUCAUAGGAAAAAUGUACAUUUCGCUGAUGAUUGUGGCCUUGAUUUAAGUCAAAUUAAAGUAAUUAAAUCCGAUGAAUUACCACAUGUGCCUAGUACUGCGUUUAAAGAUUUGAAUAUUGAUCGCAAUGAUGAUGAAACAUCAUUUUAUCAAGAACGUAUGAAAACAAUAACAUAUUUAGAACAACAAUUUGAGAAUCCUAUUCAUGCUCAAGCCUUUGAUGAUCGUGUUGCACGUCAUAAAAUUGCACUAGAACAAGCGAACGCUAUUGAUAAUCGAAUAUAUGGAACGGCAAAAAUUAUUUCGUUUGGUGUGAAUAAAAGGGUCAAAGUUCGUUUUACUACAGACAAUUGGAUUAGUUAUCAUGAUAAUAAUGCAAUAUAUAUUAUGGAUUCUUAUGAUGGUCUACAUGAUCGAUUUACAUUUACAUUAGAUAUCGAUCGAGAUCGAAUAUGUGUUGGAAAUAAUAUACAAUUUUGCAUUGGUUAUGAAUCUUACGUUGGUCCGGAAUAUUGGGAUAAUAAUUAUCAACAAAAUUAUCGAUUCGAUUGUAUUUCAAGGACUAUUCCCGAUUACAGUGGUUAG